AAGUUUUAUUUUAAUACCAGGACUAAGUACUCGAUCCCAGAUAAAUGUUUUGUCAAUGACAGACGCUAAUGUUAGUUAAAGUCAUGGCUUUGGUCAAACAAAGUUAUUUUAUUGCGGGUCGUUUCUCCAGCAACCCCCGGUGGUUGAAUCCCAAAUGCAACCAACAUGUGUUCGCCGUCAGCGGACUGACCACAGCGGCCAGGUCAUCCCAGACACAGAAGGACCGCAAGAAGGAGCUGUCCGAUGACGGGCCCGACCUCCAGGACUUUAUAUCCGGGGAGCUGUCUGAGAAGAACAACUGGGAGGAGUACAGGGGUAACCUGAAGAGACAGAAGGGAGAGAGGCUGAGACUUCCCCGUGGCUGA